AAACAGGCCGGAAAUGAGUUCCCUUCAGCUUCCUGUUCGUUAAUCCACUUGUUGAGGAGCUGAUCCGCAGCAGGAGGCGAAUUUAAAACUUCACGAAGAACAAUGUCCGCUUGACUCCGAACAGCGAAGCCGCCUGUCGAGCACCAUGGUCGGGUGGAGAGAAGCCGGAGCCCUCGGUGCCUCCGCGGCUGUGGCGGGGGGCGUCGCGUACCUGAUCUGGAACUACGCGUCCUUCUCCGGGCAGAAGACGCCCGAAGACCGGGCCGGAGGAGCCAGAGGAGGAGGAGGAGGAGGACAGGAGGGAGAAGACAAGAAGAAGGAGGUGGAUGGAUCGAAGAGGAGGAGGAGGAAGGAGGAAGAGGAGGAGAUGAAGAUAACCGAGCAGAGUGUCUCUGCUGCAGCUGCUCCUCCGCCUGUUGCUGCGGCCAAACACCCAGACACACCCGAGUCCAGGCCGAGGGGGACCCAGGUUCUGGUUCUGGGUCUGGACGGAGCCGGUAAAACCAGUUUGCUGCACUGCCUGAGCACCGGCAGCCUGGAGCAGGACAUGCAGCCGACUCAGGGCUUCAACGCCGUGUCCAUCAACAGAGAGGACCUGCACAUCGAGUUCCUGGAGAUCGGCGGUAAAGAGGACCUGCGGCCGUACUGGCAGAAAUACAUGUCCAAGGCUCUGCUGCUGGUGUUCGUGGUCGACUCCUCCCAGCCACAGCACUUCCCAGUUGCUAAGGAGCAUUUACACGCGCUGCUGACCUCUGACCCCUGCCUGCCGUUAAUGGUGCUGGCCAACAAACAGGAUCUCCCGGGCGCCUGCAGCAUCACCGACCUCCACGACGCUCUGUCGCUGUCCGAGAUCGGCGAGCGGAAGCUGUUCCUCAUCGGGACGCACGCGAGGAGGGGCGAGGCCCAGCUGAGCUCGGGGGUGCAGGACGCCCGGGACCUGAUCGUGCAGAUGGUCAGCGAGAGCAGAUAAGACACGUCGGUUACAGCUCGCCUGUGGUCUCCACUUCAUCUUGUGUUUUCUUUGCACUGCUUCACUUUAUUGUUUCCACGACUCCAGCCUGUCUGAUAGUCUUUUUUAUUUAUUUGUGAGAAAAAUUAAAACGUCUUGUUUUGGUACGUUAGAAUAGGGAUUAAAGAAAAUACGCUUUUUAUUUCACAGUCACCGAAUCACCAGAUUUGAAGACUGUCAUCGUUUCAAACUCAUCUGUUAAAUUCAGUCUGUUCACGAUGAGACACGAGCAUCAUCUGCUGCCUGCAGUGAUUUCCUUUCACACUAGAGUUUACAGCUUUAUCACCAGCGACGAGCGAACAGUUAGUUCACAUCACAGUUUUUAUUUUAUUUUGAGUGAAUGCAAACAAAAACAUUAAAACCACAGCUGUAAGAAACGGUUAUUUUUUCUAAUCUCAUAAUCUACAGAAUAUUCAAUACCUCUACAUUGACUCCUUCAGACCUGGUGUCAACGUCUGUCCUGAGUGGACUCAUCACAGGUCCAGGUCUGAGGAGUCGUCCUGAGGAGGAGACCCAUUCAGGACAGAUCUUCACACCGGGACCUUAAAGACCUGAAGCUGAACUGGGAAGAGAAUAAACAUAUCAGGCUCCGACAACAACUGAAUAUCACAUUAAUCUACUAUUUGGUCAAAAUUGAAUCUGUGCUGUCGCCAACAUUUCAAAGCACAAAUCUGAAGAUAAACUGCAGUGGGGGGGGGGGGGGGGGGUGCAGAGACAUGACUUCUGGGUGUUUAAAUUUGAACCUCCACUGGAGCUGCAGACACAAUAAAUAUUAAUAUUGUAAUAAUAUUAAUAUUUAAAGCAUAGUUUCAUCAGGAAACCACAGUUUGUUUAAUGUUUUAAUAAAACAGAUGAUAAUCGGAGCAGGUCGACGUUUGAUUGUGAUUUUAUUAACUUUUUGAAAAGAGGAAUUAAACCACAGGUGUUUUGCUUACAUUUUUUUUUUUGGGGGGGGGGGUAAGCUUUAUGUGUUGUUGAUGUUCAGAGAGAAGUUACCGCUCAGCUUUUUAACUCAUUCUCUUUGUCUUAUUACUAAUUUCAUCUGAUGAAAAUCAAAGUUGAAUUCUCUUUGGGAUAAAGCCUUCAUGUCAAACACUGUUUGAAGAAUGUAAAACGUUUUUAACAGCAUAUCCAAAGUUUUUCUUAAAACCAAACCAUGUCCAGUUGAAAGUAAAAAAGUUCAAAGUAUUGUGUGUGGAACGGUUCCUCCCAGUUUGAUGUAGUAUUUACCAGAAGAGUUUUGGAAAGUUACACAUUUUUCUGUUCUGCAGGUUCCGAGCUCGUUAAGUUUGAAAUCAAAUAACAGACGCUACAUAAAAGUCUCAGCUCUAAUUUGACUUCACUGUUUAAUGCUUCCUGCAGAGUUCUGUUCUCAUACACUUUAUACAUAUAUACUAAAAUAUAUAUUCUAAUAAUUAAAGUUCUUGUUACAGUUUAAACAGAUUGUUUUUUAUCACUAAAUGACCGAAAGCUGAAUAAUUAAUUUGCUUCGUCUUUACACUAAUAAUCGUUGCUCUGUGUUUUACGUUUAUUUGAAACCCUAAACAUUUGCCGUCAUGUGUUAAACUCCUACACAGUUAUUUCUUUAUUAAUGUAAACCUUUUCAAAUUAAAACAGAGACUUGCUGCUUUAAUAUCAUGUCCAAUAUAUAUCUCUAUAUAUUUCAAACUGAACGUGGAGAAGCUCAGAACCUUGAAGAUAAAAAAAAUUGUGUAACGCUCCAAACGCUUUGUCAUGGUCCGGAUUGUUUGUACUGUUUUUCACAUUUAAAUAAAAUAUUUCAAGUAA